AUGCGUUACGGAAAUUGUUUCACUUUUGAUGGCGUAAAUGGCAAUUUUAUAGAUCCGUUAAAUUCAAAAUCUGUCGACCUUAACAACGGCUUGGAAAUGAUUUUAAAAGUUGAUCCGGUACAGUAUCUUCCAAUAUCCCAUACGGUGGGAAUAAGAAUUGUUAUACAUGAUCCGUCUGAUGAACCGAAUCCUGAAGACAGAGGAAUUACUAUAGCACCUGGUUUCGAAACGCAUGUCUCUUUAAAACAGAAAGAGAUUCACAGACUGCCCUUCCCCUAUAAGGAUAAAUGUGUUUUGUAUGGAAGUGAAGAACAGCCUCUGGCGAGAAGUCGAAAACAGUGCACAGAAUCUUGCAUUCAAGAAUUCAACUUCACAGCAUGUGAUUAUAUAGAACCCACUUUCUGGACAACGGCAAAGUAUAAACAUUGCGAUAGGGCAAACUCUACACAAGCUACUUGCCUCGAUAAUUUGAUCAAAGAUCUUGCCGUUGAAGGGACAAACUGUCAAUAUCCGCCUGCAUGUGUUUCAAUAUUCUACGACGAACAAAUAACAAAGGCCCUUUGGCCUUCAAAGGCAUAUUUCUUCAAGAAGCACAACCAUUCUGAAAGUUUUUUCAAAAAAUACAGAAAAUCUCACGCAAAAGUUCGCAUUUUCUUCUCAAACCUAGAAAAAUCUAUGUAUGAGCAAAAAGCUAAAUUUCUGAUACCCGAGUUGUUGAGUUGUUUGGGUGGGGAAAUUGGACUUUGGCUUGGAAUCUCUUUGCUUGUUUUAAGUGAAAUUAUGGAGGCCAUAUUGUUUAUCAUCAGCUGUAUGAUAGUUAACAUUAAGAAAUGUGUUUAUUUUUUGUGGAAAAUUCCACUGUAA